UCUUUUUGUUCUUUACUUCUCACCAAAUUUCUCUCAAGAAAAAGAAAAUAACACUUCUUAUAUUUCUCCCUAUAACACUAUACAAUAUAUGAUUAUUUGAUUAUCCAACUUGUUCUGCCUAUAUUAGCUACAGUGUUAUUUCACUCAUGGCUCUCAUUUCUUCACCAUUCAUUACUAGCAAGAAUGGUUUGUGUGUGGUUGACUUUCAUUCAUCUUCAUCGUUUGUCACUGAUUUGAGAUGCAAGAAGACAAGAUCAAAGAAGAUUGUUUCUGUUGUGUCAACUCAGCAGAACAAACGCAACCCUUCUUCAUAUGGCUCAGCGAAAAUUGGCUUGACUACAACAGAGAAGAUACUGGCGAGAGCUUCGGAAAAAGGUAUGGUGAAUCCGGGUGAGAACGUGUGGGCUAAUGCAGAUGUUUUGAUGCUCAAUGACCUUACUUGUCCUGCUGUCUCUGAUAUCUUCAAGAGAGAGUUUGGCAACAAUGCUAAGGUAUGGGACCGUGAAAAAGUUGUAGUUAUUCCUGAUCAUUACAUAUUUACAAAUGAUAAACGGGCACACCGUAAUGUGGAUAUUGCAAGAGAGUUUUGCAUCCAGCAAGAUAUCAAGUUCUUCUAUGACAUUCAAGAUCGCAGCAAUUUCAGGGCUAACCCAAAUUAUAAAGGUGUGUGUCACAUUGCUUUGGCACAAGAGGGUCAUUGUAGACCUGGAGAGGUCUUGUUUGGUACAGAUUCUCACACAACAUCUGCAGGAGCAUUUGGACAGUUUGCAACUGGAGUUGGUAACACUGAUGCAGCUUUUAUAUUAGGGACAGGGAAGAUCUUACUUAAGGUGCCUCCAACAUUAAGGUUUGUAUUGGAUGGUGAAAUGCCAAACUACCUGCUUGCAAAGGAUCUAAUUUUGAAUAUCAUUGGUGAAAUAUCUAUGUCUGGUGCUACAUACAAAGCCAUGGAAUUUGUUGGGACCACUAUUGAGAGUUUAACUAUGGAAGAAAGGAUAACACUAUGCAACAUGGUUGUAGAAGCUGGAGGCAAAAAUGGUAUCAUUGCUGCUGACAAUACCACAUACAAAUACCUUGAGGAUAAAACAUGUACACCAUAUGAACCAGUUUUUAGUGAUGAGAAAGCAAGAUUCCUGGCCCAAUAUAGAUUUGAUGUAUCAAAAUUGGAGCCAUUAGUUGCAAAGCCACAUUCCCCGGAUAAGCGUGCUUUGGCAAGAGAAUGCAACAAUGUGAAAAUUGACAGAGUAUACAUUGGAUCAUGCACUGGGGGCAAAACACAAGAUUUUAUGGCUGCUGCAAAAGUUUUCUUAGCUGCUGUUUGGAUGGACUUGUAUACUCUUGAGGUAGCUGGGUCCGGUGGGAAGACAUGUUCAGAAAUAUUUGAAGAAGCUGGUUGUGACACACCAACAAGUCCAAGCUGUGCUGCAUGUAUGGGUGGACCUCGAGACACAUAUGGACGCUUGAAUGAACCUCAGGUUUGUGUGUCAACAACAAACAGAAAUUUUCCUGGUAGGAUGGGGCACAUUGAAGGACAAGUAUAUCUUGCUUCUCCUUAUACUGCAGCAGCUUCUGCCUUAACUGGUUUCGUUACUGAUCCCAGAAAUUUCUUGUUCUAAUUAAGCCGCUCUUUUUAGUAUAGUUGUUCCUAAUAUAAAGAGUUUAUGUAUUAUUUAUUAGUUAUUAGUUUAUAUUUUUAAAUAUUAGAAUGAGCAAUUUAAUUUGAUAUAUUUUAAUUUUA